GCUGUGCAGACACACAUUUUGACCAGACUCAUGGAUCAGGCUGAUCACUUCAGGAAGCAAGCUGAGACUGUUCUGAAACAACUCCCGGUGGCUACCGUGUUCUGGUUUCUGCUGCUGUGAAGUUCUUGUGAGACUCCUGAAGCUCCACUCUCCGGGCGUGCGUGACCGAGGAUAGCGGGAAGCUCAGCCCAGCUUUCCAGUGUCGCUGUGACUGACUGCAGGGAGGGAGGAGUUGCCAGCUAGUCCAGCAAGGCUGCCUGAGCACUUGCAGGGGCUGCCAGGAUGCAAUCCGAGGUUUAGAGAUCCGGCUCCUGUGCCGCUCUCCUUUGUGUCCACCCCGGGGAGGGGAAGUGCAAACAGACCGCUUCCUCUUGGAGGGCUUUCAAGCGGCUCUGAGGGAAGCACGUUAACUUGCAGAGCACCAGGGGAUGUGGAGUGAGGGAUUCUCCCUCUGACAAUGAGGAUCCAUGUUCUCAAAGUUCACUGAGCACCUGGAAGUGGCAAAGACUGGAGACCACAUGGAAGAAAUGAAUGCAGAAGGGAUUUCUCCCUGCAACGGCAGUAACAGGAUUGUACAGUGCUGUGGAUACGGUGACACAGAGGGGUGUGUGGAUCUGCCUUUUCCUCCCAUUUCUUCUGCCUGAUAUUUGAUCUCGGUCCUUCGGGGGCUGCUGGUUUAUGGUGGCAAUGGGCACUAAAUAUUCACUGGUGUUUCUCUCUUCCGUUGGGCAGCUUUGAAUGAUCUCUGUGGGGAGGACACAGCAGCCAUAGACAGCUUUCUGGAGCAACCUGUCGGUUCCCGGUACGGGGAGGAGCUGCUUGGAAUGAGGGCAGCUGCAGCUAAGUCAUCAGUACAUUUUCCCCUUGCUUCAUGAACACAGGAGGCAAAAGGGAGGACGUUAGCCAAGUAAUUAGCCUCCGAGCAUGGACUUGGUGACAGACAAAAUACCUUUGUAAUAAUUCCCACCGUGAGUGUGCCUGAGAAUCCGUCCAGCCUUCCUCUGCACUAUGAAUUGCUGGGGUGUCAAGGCUCAAGUGGAGUGGCACCCCACUAACUUAAUACAGGACUGAACAGUCGAGCUGCUCUGGGGAGAGACGCAGAUUUCCCAGCUUAACCUCCCAAGUCUUCUGUCUGCUCCCAAAGAGCAGUGUGGACAGAGAACUGACGGGCUAGCUCAGACCUUGGAGGUGGCUGUCUGGAUGGCUAUAUCUCCGCGGUCCUUAAUUUAAUGAUCUACCUUUACCUGUGAAACCGCUGAGGCCGGGCUGAGAGAGCAUUGUACGGGUCUCUUUGGGCCUCCUCGGAAACGGUGUGUAGGUGCAAAGAGGCUGCAAAGAUCCUAAACCCAAUGAACGAAGAGUCUGUUGCUGCUGCUGUUUGUCCCUGCGUGGCUGUUUGCUGGGCUGAGGGGGUAGGAGCGGGAGCCUCUCUCACCGAUGGCACAGUGCACGGUACUUGGUCGCUGGUUUGCAUGGUGAGUGUUUUUUCUGGAAAGAUUGCUGACUCCCGACUCAUGGGAAAGGCCCUGGGUGUUUGAGGCCUGGGAAGACCAUCAGACCACUCAGGGAGAACCGCAGAGGGAGGGGUGGUUAUGGAGCAGACCCCUCUAUCUCCAGAGCGGGUGGCAGAGCCCCAGAAAGCAGCCAGGAUCCAGGUAUAAGACAAGUUUGCACCAUUCAUGUUCUCUGAGGCUGUGGCCUGGUGACAGACCAUUUGAAGUGGUGCAGGUGAUGCCCUCUGGAGGCAGGGAUCCUCACGCCUCUCUUCUGUACACGCCUGGGCUUUCUUCCCAGCGCCUUGGGGCUCCUGUGUCUGGAAUCGAGACCUCAGCAAGGAGCAGUCUGUGUUCCCUUCCCUGCAGCAGCCAUGGCGGAGCACCUGGAGCUGCUGGCCGAGAUGCCAGCAGUGGCCAGGAUGAGCACCCAGGAGCGGCUGAAGCAUGCACAGAAGCGCCGGACGCAGCAGCUGAAGAAAUGGGCACAGUUUGAAAAGGAGGCUCACGGCAAGAAGGCCAGAGCAGAAAAGAGGAAGAAAAACAGCAGCAAGGAGAAGCGAGUGCUGUUUCCGGAGAGCAUCAAGCUGCUGGAGGCAGCAUCUCGCAAUGAUGUGGAGGAAGUUCGCCAGUUCCUUCAGCGUGGCAUCAGCCCCAAUUUGUACAAUGAAGAUGGCCUCACUGCAUUGCACCAGUGCUGCAUCGACGACUUCGGGGACGUGGUCGCGCUGCUGCUGGAGGCCGGCGUGGAUGUCAAUGCCUGUGACAGUGAGCUCUGGACGCCGCUGCACGCCGCCGCCACCUGCGGGCACCUGCACCUGGUGGAGCUGCUGAUUAACCAUGGUGCCAAUCUCCUGGCAGUGAACACAGAUGGGAACAUGCCGUAUGACCUCUGCGAGGACGAGGUGACACUGGACUACAUUGAAACGGCCAUGGCAGAUCAGGGAAUAACUCAGGAGAAGAUUGAGGAGGCCCGAGCCGCCACGGAGCACAGCAUGGUGGAAGAUAUCCGAAAGCUGCUUCAGGCAGGUGCCGAUCUGAACACUCCACUUGACCAUAGUGCCACUCUGCUGCACAUUGCCUCAGCAAAUGGCUACCUGGAAGCUGCCGAGCUGCUGCUGGAACACAAGGCCAGCAUGAGCGCGAAGGACAAUGAUGGGUGGGAGCCUCUCCACGCCGCCGCCUGCUGGGGGCAGAUCCAUCUGGUGGAGCUGCUGGUGGCCCAUGGAGCUGAUCUCAAUGGGAAGUCUGUGCUGGACGAGACGCCCUUGGACGUGUGUGGUGACGAGGAGGUCCGGGCCAAGCUGCUGGAGCUGAAGCACAAGCAUGAUGCCAUCAUGAAGUCUCACGACAAGCACAAGUCGCUGCUGCAGCGACGCACGUCCAGCGCUGGCAGCCGAGGGAAGGUGGUGCGGCGGGUCAGCGUGACGGAGCGCACCAACCUCUAUCGCAAGGAGCACGAGAAAGAGGCCAUCGUCUGGCAGCAGGUGGAGCACCGGGAGAACGAGGCCGAGCUUGAGGACGAGGACAAGCAGACGGACGCUGAGCUCCAGCAGCACCUCCCCGGCGCUGAGGCAGAAGGGGCAGGUCCAGGGGCCUUGGUGGGAGACAAGCAUCAGAAUCCGGGGCUGACCCAGAGAAAUGGAACUGCGGGCUCCUCUGCCCCCGGCCCCCCCAAACACCUCUACUCCAAGAGGCUGGACCGCAGCAUCUCCUACCAGCUGGCCACCCAAGAGGAGCUGUCGGCUGACCUGUGCAAGGAGAAGUCCCACCACACGCUAGCGGACCUCAAACGCCAGCGGGCAGCCGCCAAGCUCCAGCGACUCCACCCAGAGGACUUCCCUCCCACCGAGGGCGAGGGCCCCCUCUCGCCUGGCCUCGCUGAGACCCUGCGCGGCAGCGGUCACCCCCGCUCGGACUCGGAGCAGAAUUCCGUGUACUACACGGCAGCCAGUGGCGAUCCGCCUCUUCUGAAGCUGACGGCCCCGGCCGAGGAGACCCCUGCUGAGAAGAAGCGAUGCUGUAAGCUGAUGUGAGGUGCUGGCAAGAGAUGUUCGUGGGGCACGUCCCCUCCCUGGCAUUGAUGGAUGGCGCUAAUGUCCCAUGGGGCUGCCUCUGGAACCCUGCAGCAGGACGGGUUCUGGGAGGUGGUUUAUCUUCCAGGGGCUCCUCCAUCUUCCAGACCCAGACGCCAAUCAAAGAGGCCGGGCUCCAGGAGCCCAUUGAGGGCUGCAUGGGCAGCAGGCUGGGAGCCAGAGGGCUGCACAAAUGGGAGCAGAAUGCAAUGACCUUCGUUGUCAGUACAGAGAUGUGUCCUGGAGCAUCUACAGCUCCCAGCAUGCAAUUUGCCAGCCCCUGCUUGGGUCAACCCAUAGAGCGUUGCAUGCUGGGACAUGUAGUCGCAGAGGGCUGCAUCUCUGUUGGACAUGGUGGCGUUGAAUGUUGCGUAAGACAUGCUGGGUCGCGUUUGGUCAGCUGGAGGGGCCCUCCCAGGGCGGCUGUUUGUCUGGGGUCUGUGUGUGGUUUCUAGGGAGGAGUGGAAAGCCUGUGGGAGCCCUCGGAGCACACGGUACCAUGCAUACAGCACUGGGGGGCGAGGGGACGUCCCCAUGCUGCCUGACCCUAAGGCAAAUGGCGGCAAUGAGGUGAGAACGGUUCUCUUGAUACAGAGUUGUAGCCCAGCAGUCCCCUCCUAGGCCUGGGCUGCACACAAGCUCUCCUGGGUUAACUAACGUGCAUUUCAGACAAGCUGGAAAGCCGUGUCGGUCCCUGGGCGCGCCCGUUCGUGGUGGUUUACACUGGCUUAUAUCCCACCUGCUGGCUUGGAGUCACUAAAGGCAGCGCCGGACUGCGCUCGGCCGUGCGCUGGGGCAGGGCCAUCGGCUGUCAUUCCCAUCUUUUCUUCCAGCAGGGUUAAGCUGACUCUGAAUUCAGCACGGCCCCACACAGCCUUGCACCGAAACAGCCAAAGGUGCUGGCGGACGCUGAGUUCACCACUUCGGUGCCAGUCUGAGUGUGAGUCCACCCCAAACCACAUGGAUAGAAGCUCGUUGUAAACCAGGAUGUGUCCACGUUGCACUGUGGGUUCAACUACAUUAAUCUGAACUCCUGUGCCCUGUAUGGUGCACCACGCCAUGGUGCUGUGUGUCCUCCCCCCACCAGAGGGCGCCACGCCACGGUGCCGUGUGUCCUCCCCCCACCAGAGGGCGCCACGCCAUGGUGCCGUGUGUCCUCCCCCCCCCGGUGUGGGCUGUGUGCCCAGCCCCUUGUGAGCUCCUGCCUUCAGCAAUAAAAUCAUUUCAGCAAAGCACCUCACCCCAGGACCAUGAAACGCAGCCUGCGAGCAGGACGGGGGAGCUGGUUUCUGGCCUCUCAGUCCAUCUGCCGGGGGCUGAUUAAUCUGUAAUGGUCUCUAGCCGUCCCAUGCCUGGGCCCUGCACAGCAUCCCCUUGCUCCCCAUUGCUUACGCGGGGCUCGAACAGGGCGUGCCGAUGGCACCCUUCUCAUCUCCUGUUCUCUGCAGAGGCCGGCCCACCGUGCGUCCCCUCCCUGCGCAGGUGGGACACGGGGUUUUUUUAUCCUCCCGCUGCAUGAGGCUCCAAGGAGCCUUGUGUUGAGCCCUGCACCUCCACCCCAGGGCAGCAUUGGCAGCUUCUCAGGGGUCUGAGGGCUACCCCAGCUUCACGCCCUUGUUACCCUCAGGGGCCUGGUCCCAGUGUGCCAACUCCCAUGUGAGCUCAGCAAAGCCCCCCUGCGGAGGACGGCAUGCUGGAAUCUGGAGGGCUCUCCCUCUCUAUUAAUGACUGGGGCUGUGGCAGACUUCUGCUGAGCAUACGGCCUCAGGCUCCAUCUUCUCAGCUGCCAGGUGUGGCUGAGGCACCAGGCUCUACGAGUAGAACUUCAGGAGGCAGGUGGAGUGGAAGUGGAAGAGCUUCAGCUAGAAACAUUCUCGCCUUUCAGCCGCUGCUCCCUGGGAUCCAGCCGGCUGGAGGGGGACGUCCCUCUGGUGGGCGGCUCUCGUGGUUUGAACAGCUCAUCCCCUAGAUGGGAUUGUCACCCACUCACUUAUUUCUCUCUGCGCCGUUGCAUCCAGCCGUGGCUGUUCAGGCCCACGCGCUAGGCCUCUGUUCUUCACCACCCCUCAGGGCCUGAGACGCAUCAGCCAGCCCCAUCUCACCAGCCGAAGAUCAGCCCUUGCACGGGUGCCGGAGCAGCAGAGCCCCGCUGGAUGCAAUGCUGCCCACUGGCUGGGGGAAAGCAGGUGACCUUCAACCCCACCCUGUGAAUCCUCUGGGGAACCCCCUUAAGCUCUGACCCUCCAGCUUCAAGAGCACAUCUCUAGGCUGAACUUGUAUUGACCGUGGGGCCAGUGAAUCUUCCCUUCCACGAUGGUUCUGCUCUGAGAGCCUCCUGCCUGCCCUGAGAGAUACAACUGCAGGGAGCUCUGGGCCUUGUGCUCGCCAGCGAGGGCGGCUGCCGUAAAACCCCCUGCCAGGACUGGACUCUCCAUGGGGCGUUUGUGCAGCGGCUCCGCACGUGUUUUAUGGAGCACUCUCCUUUGGAUCGCAGUAUUUCCACGGAGUCCUGUAGCGCUGGGUCCAGCCCCAUUGAGCCGCAGGCUGCCGCCCGCUGGGGUCGCAGGCACUGAUUUUAUACUUUGACACAAUCUUUCUUGCUCUCACCAGGUUUUGAUUUGUAGCUCCUGUUGUCUCUAUUUCCUUUCCACAAUAAACCAGCAUUGGACAGUGACCAGCCCCUGUGUGACCCCUUGGGCCUGAGCGUUCCCCUCACUCUGCCAGGACUAACUGCCUCCACCCCCGAAAGAAAUGAGUUAGGGAGAGCUGGGCUGCCCCUGCCUGGACACCAGCAAUGCAAGGAUCCAGUGCUGUGUCUUCUGCCUGCCCCGGUCACUGUGGGUCUCUGCACAGGGGAUGGGCCUCCAGGACUCCCACAGCUGAGCAAUUGGACUGCAACGUGGGGCUCACCCUAGUGGUUCUGUCAUUGGCACCCAUUAACCCUUAGCACCCUGGCACCCAAGAGUAUUGAGAUUCCUAACACUCAGCCUUCUGACACAGCCUGAGAAUGCCCCAGUCCUGCUCCUGUCUGCCUGGGAGGCAGGAGGCCCAGGUUCCAGAUGUUC